AUGGCGAUACUAUCGGGUUUCACCGUGUUGAUUGGGCAUGGGGUCGCACAUCCUACGCUGGUUUACUCGGUUCUGGGGGUUAUAGGCGCUAUCACUGGCCUGGUUUUGGCGACGCUCGUCUGGCCCACGGCUUUCUCACCUGUAUCGAGGGUGGUUUCAUGGUUUCUCAAUGCGUACUUGCAAUUCAGAUAUCCCAUCAAACAUGCAGAAACCGGUCGUCCCAUUCCCGGACCGGCGUACGUCUGGCCCGACGGACAGGGAGAUGCAGGCAAAUACAUCUUCGGCAGAGACAACAGCGCACAAUGGCAGUCACAAUAUGGCAAUGUUUACCGAUUGUGGGCGGGGAUGACUCCUGAAGUUGUCCUCACUCGUCCCGAACAACUGCACGUCGUCUUCAAAGACUCAGACAAGCACACCAAAGCCACGAACAGCAACUCCGGAUACUUCAUGAGCCGUAUCCUGGGUAAAUGCCUCGGUCUCAUGGCCGGUCAGCGCUGGAAGCUUCUACGAGGCAUCGCUGCCCCGCCCUUCACGCACCCGGCCGCCAUUAAAUCCAUCAGUCGCAUUCAACGCCAUGUCCGCGAGCAUUUCCACGAGCUCGAAACGCAAGGCGACCUGCGUCACGGUCGCAUUCACCCGGUCCAGGACCUUAAGAUGCUGCCCUUCUUCAUCGUCGGCGAGGCCAACUACGGCUCCCUCACCCCCGAGAUGAAAGCCGAGCUGACGGACCUCGCUCCGGCGCGCGAGAACCUGAUGAAGUUCGUUGUUUUCGGAGGUCUCGCUCGCUUCGGUAUCUCGCGCUUCUUCCCAACGGAAGCGAAUCGUCAACUCAGUAGCUUCCGAUCGCAAUGGAAGACCUUCAAUCAUAGGGCUUACGAGCGCGCCCGUGAAAAGCACCCCUCGGCACUCGUGGUGCAGAUGUACGACGCCGUCGCCAAGGGCUCGCUUACCGAGGAAGAAGUCCAACAGACCAUGGACGAGACCCUCUACGCCAACCUCGAUGUAACGACCGGUGGAUUGUCGUGGAACCUCGUAUUCCUCGCCUCGAACCCGACUUGCCAAGCCCGUCUAUAUGAGGAGGUCUCCACGAUCUCCACGCCUGAAGAAGAAGAGGCCUAUAUCUCCCGUUCCGGCACGUACCUGGCCGCCUGCAUUCUCGAGUCCUCCCGUCUCCGACCCGUCACGCCCUUCUCGAUCCCGCAGUCCGCGCCCACGGAGCGUCUCGUCGACGGGUAUAAGGUCCCCGGAGGCACGAAUUACGUGGUGGACAGCUGGGGUCUGAAUCUGCGGAACGAUUUCUGGGCGCCAGACAGUAGCGCGUAUCGACCAGAGCGGUUUGUAGGACGGUCGCCGACGGAGCUGCGGUAUCAUUUCUGGCGGUUUGGAUUUGGGCCGCGACAGUGCAUUGGCAAGUACACGGCAGAUGUGGUCAUUCGCACAAUCCUGCUGCAUGUGGUGCGCAAUUACGAGCUGAAGUUGCUAGAGGAGGGCAAUUGGGCGCAGGACCCUGAGUGCUGGAUUACGCAUCCGGAUCUGCAGUGUCAUCAGCGUAAGGUCCGUUGCAGCAAGACCCUCCCCUGCUCGGCCUGCGCCCGCCUCGGCGUUCCGUGUCGCUAUCCCAGCGCCGACCUCCAUCGGCCCCGACGAGUGCAGAAGAUCACCAUCACCGACCGCGUCGCCCAGCUCGAACGCAGUCUGGCCGUGCUGGCGAGCAGUCCCAUGCCCCAGUCUCAAGCCUCGGUCCCUGAAGACCCCAAACGUGACCCCUCGGCCGCCUAUCUGCCCGAUCCUCCGCCGUCGCCUAGUCGACGCCAAGAACUGCUGGUCCAGGACGGCGGCUCCACGCGCUACAUCAACGAGACGUUCUUGUCGCGCAUUUUGGAGAAGGAUAGCGGUCUGCAUAAGGCGAUCGGGACUCCGCGCGAUUCGGCAGAGCCUGCGGUUGGUUUCAGACCGGAGGGGCUGUUGCUGUCGCGGUCGCGACGGCAGUCCACGGAAGACGAGCAGUUGGAUCUGUCAAGAUGGCAGGCGGCGCAGUUGUGGCAGAUUUAUCGCACGAAUGUCGAUCCCGUCGUCAAGAUUCUGCAUCUGCCGACGGUGGAGCCCCUGGUGUAUUCUAUCAUGAACGACGGGGGCGCCGAAGAUCUCAAAGCCCUGCUGUACGCCAUCUACUUCGCCGCUGUGACGAGUCUUUCGGGGGCGGAUGCGGCAAAUUUGCUAGGCAGGGACAAACGGUCGGCCUUACUGGACUUUCAGGGGCGGAUUGAAACUGCGUUGGCUGAUUCCGCCUGUUUUGACCUGCCGAGCAUCUUAUCUCUGCAGGCGCUAGCCAUCUACAUUACGUGCCUUCGAGCCCACAGUACAAGCCGAUCUGGUUGGAUCAUCAACGGAGUCUUGAUUCGCUCGGCCCUCUCCAUUGGCAUCCACCGUGAUGGCACGCACUUCAACCUAUCCCCGCUUGAAGCCGAGAUGCGUCGUCGGUUAUGGUGGCAGAUCAUUAUGCUGGACCACCGCGCCGCCGAGGACCACGGUCUGGCCGUUCACGGCUUCGGAAGUCGAGCCGACACCCACAUCCCCUUGCACAUCGACGACAGCGACAUCUCGGUCGAAAUGCGCAUGCUGCCCAGCCCGCGCGCUAGAUGGACCGAAAUGAGCGUAUUCCUGCUGACCGCGGAGAUCGGCAUUGCCUUCCAACAACUCUUCCAUAACACCGCGAGCCAACCGGUCGAACCGGCGCAGCGGCUGCAGACGGUGCAUGAACUGACCUCAUACUUGGAAAAUGCCUACUUGCGGCACUGUAAUAUCAAUAUUCCGAUCCAGAAGGCCGGGUGGUUGACUACGCGCUCCUUACUGGCGAAGUUCGAGUUCUUCGUGCACCAAGAGGGUCUUAAUAACGAUCGGCCACAGGAGCUGGUAUCCUCAACGGCCGAGCAGACCCUCACUUCGGCUUGCAAUUGUCUCGAGCUGAGCGUCGAGUUGCAAACCGAUGAUCUCUUACGGGGCUUCCGCUGGCUCUUCGUCAGUUACAAUCAGUUCCAUUGCCUCACGUACAUCCUAUGGCACUUAUGUGCGCAGCCCGCGGGGCCAAAUGUCGUGCGCGCAUGGAAUAUCGUCGACGUUAUCUUCGAUCUUACGGAGAACGACGCCAGUCGCCCGGACCCGGGACCCCUGUGGAAGGUCCUUAGACAUCUACGCGAGAAGGCAAGACAGAGACGUCAGGAUGAGAAUGCACCACCCCCUGUCCCGAAGGACCUACCGGAGGGGCAAAUACCCGUAGAAAAGCGCCUCGAUGAGCGACCAAUGGAACAGAUCGAGCCACCCCCGGAGGGCUUAGAGGACGUCUUGGCUCCGAACCUGGAUCCAAACUCUUUGUCUGAAUGGAUGGAUUUCUCCGAGAAUCUGGGAAUUUUCCGGUUUGAUCUGUAG